CAUGUCUGUUACUGCUAAUAACUUUUUUAUUUAGAGAAAAUGUAUAUUGUUUGUUGACAAAUGCUUGUGCAGGAUAUGGACUUCGCUUACACCAUGGAAAGCGCUGUGCAAGGAAAGGGACAGUUGUGGUGAACUGCUGUGUAAUUGUAGUUAAUAAUUGUUGCAGAUGCAUCUCUUAGCCAAAUGGCAAUAUUAAAACAGGAAAACUCAUACGGUUGGAUUUAGGGUUUCAGAAAAGAACGAAAUUAGGGUUGCAUACACGGUAGCAUGAAGGCUGUGAUUCUGGCUGCGGGAUAUGGCACAAGAUUGCACAGAGAUCUCCAGAGCAACUCAACGGGGAAGUUCAAGUGCCUCAUCGGCACCCCGAAACCCCUGAUCCCCGUUGGAGGGUGCCCUCUGAUUUCGCACUGGAUAGAGGCGUUAAACAGUUCUGACUGUGUGGAUGCGAUUUUUGUUGUUACCAAUGAGUUGUACUUCAAACACUUCGAGGAAUGGGGACAGCAGUUUCCAGGUGUUAUAAUAAUUAACGAUGGGACCAGAUGCAAUGAGGAAAGACUUGGAGCUGUUGCUUGUCUUCAGCUUGCAAUUAAACAUUUCACUACAGAGGACCAUGUUUUAGUUAUUGGGGGGGACACCUUGUUUAAGGAGGACUUCAGUCUCUCCAGAUUCCUGGAUGUAUUUUUUGAUCUACAAAGAAAAUGUGAUGAAUGUAAUCUGGUUUUGUCCUACCAGUGUAAAGAUGAAGAGACCUCGAAAUACGGCAUUCUUGAAGUGGACAGUGAAAUGAAGGUCUGCUGUAUGAAAGAGAAACCCUCCCCUGCUGACACAAACUCAAGAAGAGCUUGCCCUUGCUGCUACUUGUUCUCCAAGAAAACUCUUCCCCUUUUGGAGAAAUUUCUCGAAGAAAAGAAGACAGUACCAAUAGAAGAGAGAGAUGCUCCAGGAAACUUUUUAUCAUGGCUCAUACAGAGGAAGCCGGUUUACAUUCAUGAGAUCUCUGGCCGAUUCGACGUUGGAAACUUGCAAUCCUAUAUAGAAUGUGAUGCCUACUUUCAAAAAACAUUAAAAAACACUAAGACCUAUUUGAAGUAGUAGUGUAAAACAUAAGUGUUUAGCUGUAUUCUUUGUGAAUGGCUACAGUCUGAAAAUUCAACAACCAAAUCAAAUGUUUUGAACCCUCACCACAAAAUGAAUGGAUACAAAAAUUAAAUAAAACAGUGAAGAAUUAAUCCGGAAAUUACAGCACCUAAAUAUACCUUAAGUAGGUGCGAGACUACACUAUCUGACGUUAAACUGAUAACUGCUCCAGGACAUUGGUGAUAAAAUCUCUUCAGCAACUUUGAUAUUAUCUCUCACUAGCAUUUAGUGUUCAAAAUACACUUACCAUUGUGAACAAGUAAAGUAUUAUUUAACCUUUUUUAAUAUAGGAAUAUACGAUCAAAGAAUCUUCAUGGCCUAAACUUUAUUAAAGAUAAUGGGUUUCAUAGUGUGAAUAAUGUACAAGUUUUAUUAAAACAGAUGUCAUUUAGGAGAGUUAAGGAAUGUACCAAUAUGGAGAUAAAGAAAUUUAUGGACAAUAUAUUUUAAUAUUUUUAAAACAAAGAUUGUGUUUUAGUUACAAAGCUACACUUUCAUCCUGACAAUAAAACGGCGAGAUUUAUGUCA